AUGCGGUUCAACCGUUUUGUUCAACUCUUUGCGUCACGUGCGAUGCGACUAUUGGACCCGAAUGGCGGUAAAAGACAAGGAAUUAAAACCCGAUUGAUUAUUAAGCAGGCCCAAAGGGCUUCACUCAUACUUAAUGGACCAAUGUGGGAUCGUAAAGAUCUAGCCGAAUCACUCACUCGUAUGUAA